AAAAUUCGAUUAGAUUAAACAGCGAGAAAUUAUUGGAGCUUUAUAACUGUUAUCAACAGAAAGUCAAAACCAGUCUUCAAAAUGACUUGUAAGUCAAUCUAUAGUUUUGUUUACUUUGUAACACUUUUAGUUUUGACAGAAUGUCUACCCCAAUCAGUGUGGGAUGUAUCUAAUAGCUUACCUGAUGAAUACAUGAAUUUAAUUUCUAAUUCUGAGUCGUCGAAAGUUUAUGGAAAAGAAAUUAAAGAUUGGCAUCCAAAAAAAAGGAAUAAAAAAACUUUAUUUCCCAUUACAAAUCGACGGUGUAAUAAAUAUUCACUUGAAAACAUUUCGGAGUUUUGUCAUAUUAUUUUUAAACUUGAGGAACUUAACAAUUUAUUACCCACGUUACAGUAUUUUGUAGUAAAAGAAAAUUCACGUGUGAAGAUAGCUUUUAAUGGACCCGAUAAAAUGAAUCAAAAAAUUUCAUUAGAUUCAUCUGAAAUGUGUAAUAAGAAAUCUAAAGAGUCAUUAACGAUAGCAUGCAGGUUUUUGAAUAAAUUAAAUGAACUAAAAGAGCUUUUAGAAAAAUACCAUCCUAUGUUUCUGAAAAAAAUGGUUCAAAUAAUACCGUUUGAUUUAAAGUUGAAAAACCCGGUAUUAAAAUAUAGUGCUUCAAUAGAGAAUGAAAAAAUAUUUCAGAAUUCCACCAGGAAUAAAAUUAAACCCAAACCUGGCAUUCAUAAAAGAAGACCUGAUAUCCAAACAAAGGAAAUGUAUCGACAAUCAAAAAUAGUGUAACAAAGUCAACUAGAAAGAUUUCAGUAAAAAGUAAUUCACGUCAUUGAAAAUUUUUUAAAAUCAAAAGCAUUUGCAAAAAAUUUGCUUCUGCAAUAUAUAAUCAAUCGUCUAUAAAACUUUAAUUGAGAAUUGCACAUGACAAGGCAAUUACAGAGCUGUCAUAAAUAAAAUGGUUCUUUCUAAUAGCAUAUUGAAAUAUAAAACUUCUAGAAUACUUUAGUUGAGUCUAUGUUAAAUCGAAAUAAUGGAGUUAAGUAAAGAGAAACUUUUAAGAUUUUUGUUUCUCUUCUGGACACUAGAACAUAAUACAAUUGCAAUACGUGAUAGAUAUCAACAUCAUUCAGUUUAUACUAAUGGAUCCAAUCCUAAUCGUUAUCAUUCGACAGAAAGUCAUUGGAAACACAUGGGUGAUUUUUACAUUUUUAUCAACUAGAUAUUUUUUGGAAAUCUAUUUUAACAAUAGUCAAUAGUUUCAGCUUCAAUGUCGAAUAAUUUCAAGAUGCGAGACACGAAAAAUGUUAUAGUUAAGCGACAUUAUGCUGUAAAUUUUAGAAUAUUUCGUGAAUUUAUGCACAGGAAAGCUAAUCAUUUACAAAAAAUCAAGACGAUAAACAAUAAUUUCCAUAAUUAUACUAACAACAACUACAAUACAAGGUAACUCAGUGUAAUAUGCUUAACUUGAUGAGAAUAUUACAUUAGAAGCAGUUAUUUUUUAGCUUCAUCGAAAAUAGAAGAUUCGAGUGUGCCUACACAGAUGAAGACCAUUGUGCAUUGAAACUUCGUUACAUUGUACAACAGAGAUGUGUACUAUUUAUACAAAUAAAACUUGCACUUGGACUACUUUUUGAUCGAUCAACUUUGCUUAGUCAAUACAGAGGUCAUGCAUCAACUAUUAAAGAUUUAGAAGAGUUGCUUAACAUAGUGAUAGAUCAUAUGAGAGAUGUCAAUUUGCAGCUUGAAAAUGCCCUAGCUGGUUCUGAUUUACCAAAUUUAGAAUUGAUGGAUUAUUUUCUUUCAUUUCCUACUUUAUCACCUCCAAAAAUUACAACAACAACAGCGUUAUCGA